CACACACACACACAGAGAGAGAGAGAGAGAGAGAGCAGCGCUGCAUGGUCAUUCUGGUGACCAUAAAAAAAAAAGAACAGACACGUAUCAUUUUAUGCCCUCUCUCAGACUCCAAGGUACCAGGUAGCAGCCGUUCCCGGGCAGAUGUGGUUUCAGAAGCGAGCGAGUGGGCUUGGCAUUGGCACACACACUAGUCUAGAUAUUUCGAUUUCCCACGUGCAUCUCUACCCCAUCUCUCCAUCAAGCUCUCUCUAUAUAUGCUCACAACGCCGCGGCACAUGACACCAGCCAUAAGCACAGAAAUUAAGCUCCUUGAACUCCAAGCAGCAGCUAGCAGUAGCAUCAUCACAUCUCGACUACUAGCUAGUUUCAGUCACCGGCCGCUCACAGCUAGCUAGCUAGCUAGCUGCAGCUGCUGGGUGCUCUGGCUGCUGCUUAAUUAACCACCAGUCCGGCCGAUCUGACCUGAGCUAGCUACAGGGCUGGGCGCGCGCCAUGAUUAACCUGAACCUGAAGCAGCCUCUCAUGCUGCCCGCGCACCAGAGCAAUGUCGUCGUCGGCUCGCGCCUGGCGUCGUCGCCCUCAGCGGCGGCCGUCAGCAGGCCUCGGAGGGGCGGUGCUGGCGUGUCCUCCUCCUCCUCCCGCUCCCGGUCCUCGUCCCGGCGGCACACGCGGCUGCCGAGGAUCAGCUGCAGCGCCACCGAGGAGGUCAGCGGCGCCGUGGCGGCCGUCACCGUGGAGCCGCCGCAGAUGCUGACGGUGACGGCCACGGUGGAAGCGUCGCCGGCCAUCGGGCAGAUGUACUUCGAGCGCGCCCUCGACGACGUCGGCGACCUCCUCGGCAAGACGCUGCUCUUGGAGCUCGUCAGCUCCGAGCUCGACGCAAAGUCUGGCCUGGAGAAGCCGCGGGUGGCGGCGUUCGCGCACAAGACGCUUCGCGAGGGCCACUACGAGGCGGAGUUCAAGUUGCCGGCGUCGUUCGGUCCGGUGGGCGCCGUGCUGGUGGAGAACGAGCACCACAAGGAGAUCUUCAUCAGGGAGAUCAAGCUCGUCACCGGCGGCGACACCAGCACCGCCGUCACCUUCGACUGCAACUCCUGGGUGCACUCCAAGUUCGACAACCCCAACAAGCGCAUCUUCUUCACCCUCAAGUCCUACUUGCCCUCUGACACGCCCAAGGGCCUGGAGGAGCUGAGGAAGAAAGACCUACAGGCGCUGCGCGGCGACGGGAGCGGCGAGCGCAGGCUGUUCGAGCGCGUCUACGACUACGACGUGUACAACGACCUGGGCGACCCGGACAAGCACCCCACCCACCAGCGUCCCAUCCUCGGCGGCAGCAAGCGGUUCCCCUACCCGCGCCGGUGCCGCACCGGCCGCCCCAGGACCAAGAGCGACCCGCAGACGGAGAAGCGCGACGGCCGGCACCACUACGUGCCCCGCGACGAGCAGUUCUCGGAGGUGAAGCAGCUCACGUUCGGCGCCACCACGCUGCGGUCCGGCCUCCACGCGCUGCUGCCGGCGAUCAGGCCGCUGCUCCAAAACAGGAAGGAGCUCCGGUUCCCUCACUUCCCGUCCAUCGACGGCCUCUACAGCGACGGCAUCCCGCUGCCGGCGCAGACCGGUUUCGACGCCAUCCGCAGCGUCGUCCCUCGCGUCGUCAAGCUCGUCGGCGAAACCACCGAUCACGUCCUCCGCUUCGAGGUCCCCGAGAUGAUUGAGAGGGACCGGUUCUCGUGGUUCAAAGACGAGGAGUUCGCGAGGCAGACGAUCGCGGGGCUGAACCCGGUGUGCAUCCAGCUCCUGAGGGAGUUCCCCAUCAGGAGCAAGCUGGACGAGGAGGUGUACGGUCCGGCGGAGUCCGCCAUCACCAAGGAGAUCCUGGAGAAGCAGAUGAACGGCGCCAUGACGGUGGAGCAGGCGGUGGCGGCGAAGCGGCUCUUCAUCCUGGACUACCACGACGUGUUCCUGCCCUACGUGCACAAGGUGCGGGAGCUGCCGGACACGACGCUCUACGGCUCCCGCACCGUCUUCUUCCUCACGGACCUGGGCACGCUCAUGCCGCUGGCCAUCGAGCUGACGCGCCCCAAGUCGCCGACCAAGCCGCAGUGGAAGCGGGUGUUCACGCACGGCCCGGACGCCACCGACGCCUGGCUGUGGAAGCUGGCCAAGGCGCACGUGCUCACCCACGACACGGGGUACCACCAGCUGGUCAGCCACUGGCUGCGCACGCACUGCUGCGUGGAGCCCUACAUCAUCGCCGCCAACCGGCAGCUGAGCCGGCUGCACCCGGUGUACCGCCUGCUGCACCCGCACUUCCGCUACACCAUGGAGAUCAACGCGCUGGCCAGGGAGGCGCUCAUCAACGCCGACGGCAUCAUCGAGGAGUCCUUCUGGCCCGGGAAGUACGCCGUCGAGCUCAGCUCAGUGGCGUACGGCGCGACGUGGCAGUUCGACACGGAGGCGCUGCCCAACGACCUCGUCAAGCGAGGGCUCGCCGUGCGCCGGGACGGCGACGGCGACGGCGAGCUGGAGCUCACCAUCAAGGACUACCCCUACGCCCACGACGGGCUCAUGAUCUGGAACUCCAUCAAGCAGUGGGUGACCGACUACGUCGGCGUCUACUACAAGUCCGACGAGGCCGUCGCCGGCGACACGGAGCUGAAGGCGUUCUGGGACGAGGUGCGGAACGUGGGGCACGGCGACAAGAAGGACGAGCCGUGGUGGCCCGUGCUCAACACCCGGGACAGCCUCGUGGAGACGCUCACCACCAUCAUGUGGGUCACCUCCGGCCACCACUCGGCCGUCAACUUCGGGCAGUACCACUACGGCGGCUACUUCCCGAACCGGCCGACCACCAUACGGAAGAACAUGCCGGUGGAGGAGGGCCGGGACGAGGAGAUGAGGAAAUUCCUCUCGCAGCCGGAGACGACGCUGCUGGACAUGAUGCCGACGCAGAUGCAGGCCAUCAGGAUCAUGACGACGCUGGACAUCCUGUCGUCGCACUCGCCCGACGAGGAGUACAUGGGGGAGUUCGCGGAGCCGUCGUGGCUGGUGGAACCCAUGGUGAAGGCGGCGUUCGAGAAGUUCAGCGGCAGGAUGAAGGAGAUCGAGGGAUUCAUCGACGAGUGCAACAACAACCCGGAGAACAAGAACCGGUUUGGAGCCGGGAUCGUGCCGUACGAGCUGCUCAAGCCCUUCUCCAAGCCGGGAGUCACCGGGAGGGGCAUCCCCUACAGCAUCUCUAUCUGAUGUCAUCGAGACCUCAUCCUCAGCAUUAGUUUCUUGGUAUCAGGCUCAACAGUCUCUCAGCUCCAUCCCCAAUAAGUUCAAAAAGAAAAAAGAAAAAAAAAGCUCUACUCCCAAUGGGAGGUUGCAUUAUUGCAUGCAGAGGCUGCUUGUCAAAUAAAAUGUACUCUGAUCUACGAUUGUAUUGUACCAUGGAUUGUACACUUGAGUUACUACCAUUUACUACCAAACUACUAACACAGCCUCUCUUUUUUUU